AUGAGAAAAGUUUUGUUUGAAUUUUCUGAAUCAUUUGAAAAUGACGUUCAUGUUCAUGUCAAAGAGUGGCUUGAAUUUCCUAUGAGACUCACUGUUUCAGAAUGUGCUUCUCAACUAGCAAGUGCAUAUGAUAUUCCAGAUGUCGCUUAUGAAGUUUUCUAUGAAAGAUUAUCAGAUUUCAUAUCUGAAGAAAAUACAAAUGACUUUAAAGAUCAUUAUUUAAAGUUAGUAAACGAUCUAAUGUCUGAUGUAUCAAAUAUAGAAAAAUUUUGUUCUGUUUUUGACUCUUCGCAUCAUAACAAUUCCACUUCAUCAAAAUCAGCCAAACUGAACGAUCAGGAAGUUUUUUCACAUGCUUUCAGUCAGAUGAUUCAUUCGUCUGCAGCACAAGAUUUUAUUCACUUAGAACAAUUGUUUGCUCUUGAAGUCGGUUAUAAGCUUCAAAAACGAGAUGAUACCCUAAAGGAAAUGGAUCAAAAACACAUUGAUGAAACUGAACGUAGUAUACAAAAACGUGGUAGCGAAGUCCCAGAGACCAUCACACAACUCCAAGAGGACUAUUAUCUCAAUAGAGAAGUCAUUGUAAGUCAUUGGGAUAGUUGUAUAAGUGCAUUAAAAUGGGAACAUCGUCAAGCACUGAGAACAUUUGUUAUGUCUUAUGAAGGAUAUAUCAAUAGUUUACCAACAAAUAACGAUCAUCACAAUUUAACCCGGAUGUUCUUAAAAGAUAGUUUGCUUGAUGAUGACUGGCUAGCUGAACGUAUGAACAAUGCUUUAAACAUAUAUUCAAACAAUUUAAACGGUUUAAUGAUUCUAGUGGAUAAACGAAUUAAUUCUUUCCGUGGAAUUAAGAAACUUUUAGCGGAUGCGUGUGAGCAGUCUACUGAAUUACAUUUCCCGGAAUUCGGCUCCCAGUUAGAAUCUAUACAGGAAACAGUUAAUCGUUUGGGAUCACGUCAGUUAACGGAAUUAAAUGGUGAAUCUAAAUUAAGAAAUAAUGAUUUGUGUAGUGGAAUUUCUACAGUUAAAUCAAAAUCUGACUGUUAUGAACCAAUGCAUGGUGAUGUAUUAAUCACUAAGCAUUCUAAUUUAAUCAGUAGUACCGGUGAUGGUAUAAAUGUUAUUUUUCAAGUGGUCAUUGAUGAAGAUUAUGAAAGUAAUAAUAAUAUACGCAUUCCAUCUUCAUUACACAAUGCCAUAUCAGCUGUACUACGUAUUUGUUUCGACUACGAUAUUACAACUUUAUCCUUGCCGUUAUUAUUGGUUUCAUCAGUAUCUGAAAAUAUGGAUAGAUCAUGGAGAGCUAAACGUGUCGAAACAGUACUUAAAGCUGUUAAAGGUGCAUUGAUGGAAUUGAUUACAUGGCGUGGUCCCAAUUUACGAUCUAUACAAUUUCUCGCACCUUCAUGGAUUACAGAUGAAGAAUUGAAUGUAUUUCGACAAAUUAUUUCUAAUUCAUUCUUACAACCGAAUCCAUUAAUUGUAGUGUAG